GGUCCGAUUAUUCAAACUCCGGCUCGAUUAGCAAUCGCAAUCGCAUGCGCAUGCGCCUUGAAAGAUGAAAGAUGAAAGUCUGAAGUUGAAAGUUGCAAGAGAUUCGGUACGGUACGGUAAUACGGUACACUUGUGACUGUACAGCCCCACGGGUCGGUACAGGAUCGUGCAGAAUGCAGAGUAUGGAGGGUAAUGUUGAAUGAAUGGCUGCAUGAUGCGACCGACACUUUUGGCAUGCCGGCCGUUUCAGCCCCCCACCACCACCUUGAUGCAUGCAAGCCGAUACACAGAUGCUGCGCUUCCAUAACUGUCCCCGCUGGCUUCUGAGUGUGUUGGUUAGCGAUUCGGAUUGUUCGUCGCCGACGGGUUAACUCACGCGACAGGAAGCGAAUGUUUCGUCACAGGACAAUCCGGAUUACGAGCGGAUUACGACAGCCGCUGGCAGUCGCUGGCGGGGGCCUGGAGGGAAGAUCUCCAGCAGCGAGCAGCGAGCCUCGGUAUCGGAUAAUACCACUGCCAUUACUGUGUACGGUAAUGUACGAUAGGUAUGCGAUGUGUUAUGUGCGAUGCACGCAUCUCGACAUGGGCGGACAAGGCGGCAUCGCUCACUUGCACAGUCUGCCUGCCUGCGUGGGUUUUGUGUGGUGGAGUGGUCGUACACAAGUGGUAAUGCUGGUGAUGGUGGUAAUAAUGGUGGUGGUGGUAAUAAUGGUGGUGGUAGUGGUGGUGGUGGUGGUAGUGGUGGUGAGUAGAGUAUAGUAGAGUGGUUGGGUUACAGAGUGCAGUUGG